AGAGGUGCUGGAAAGUUAAAGGGAGCAGCGCGGCGGCAGGGAGCCUGAGUCUCGGUGGCCGGCCACGGGGAGGAGGCGAGCGGGCUGCUCUCGAGUACGGACGUAUGCGUCUGCCCACCAAGGGCGCGUACCUGAGUCCCGGCCCCCGCUCCUGCCGUCGUCGCCGCUGCCCCUGCCAUCCCCGCGCGGAUGCCGCCGCGGUCUGGCGCAUCUGUACAUCGGGGCUUAUGAGCUGUACCAGAGUUCUAGCCUAUUCCUCUAACCCGAUGAUGGCUGUGGACAUCGAGUGCAGAUACAGCUGCAUGGCCCCUUCCCUGCGCCGAGAGAGGUUUGCCCUCAGGACCUCACCGAAGCCAAGCGAACCACUGAGGCCCUGCAUUCAGCUGAGCAGCAAGAAUGAAGCCAGCGGGAUGGUGGCCCCCACCGUCCAGGAGAAAAAGGUGAAAAAGCGGGUGUCCUUCGCAGACAACCAAGGGCUGGCCCUGACAAUGGUCAAAGUGUUCUCGGAAUUCGAUGACCCGUUAGAUAUUCCGUUUAACAUCACCGAGCUCCUAGACAACAUUGUGAGCUUGACGACAGCGGAGAGCGAGAGCUUUGUCUUGGAUUUCACACAGCCUUCCGCUGAUUACUUAGACUUUCGAAACCGGCUUCAGACCGACCACGUAUGCCUUGAAAACUGUGUCCUGAAGGACAAAGCCAUCACAGGCACAGUGAAGGUGCAGAACCUGGCGUUUGAGAAGAUGGUGAAAAUAAGAAUGACAUUCGACACCUGGAAAAGCUUCACAGACUUCCCCUGUCGGUAUGUGAAGGACACCUACGCCGGCUCGGACAGGGACACAUUCUCCUUUGACAUCAGCUUGCCUGAGAAAAUUCAGUCUUACGAGAGGAUGGAGUUUGCUGUGUGCUUUGAGUGCAGCGGACAGACGUACUGGGACAGCAACAAAGGCAAAAAUUAUAGGAUCGUCCGAGCCGAGCUGAAGUCCACGCAGGGCACAGCCGUGCCACAGAACGGGCCCGAUUUCGGAAUAUCCUUUGACCAGUUUGGGAGCCCUCGGUGUUCCUACGGUCUGUUUCCAGAGUGGCCGAGUUAUUUAGGGUACGAAAAGCUAGGGCCCUACUAUUAGGGACUGCGUGUGCCGGAGCAUGGCUGAGCAGGUGCGCGGAAGCCUUCCCUGCGGUCGCGGGCAGGUGGAGACGGAAGCCAGGAGAAACGCUGAACUGCCAUUAGGCCGGGUUUUUGAAAAGAAAGGAUCCUAUGCACAUUUUUCCUAAAGCCAGCAAAACCAGCCAGGUUUAGAUCACAGGACUGGUUUCACACUGGGAGUAGAUGUGGGGUGCUGGUCGGCUGGGCACCCAGGGCGGCCACGAGGGGAGUAGAUGUGGGGUGCUGGUCUGCUGGGCACUCAGGGCGGCCACGAGGGUCCGGAGCAGGAUCGCAGUGCCGGCAGGGGCCUGGGCGGGAACCAGGCCCGCAGGCACUGCCGGCGACACUGGGGGACGGUGGCUUCACAUGGCUUGGGAACGAAGUCACCAGGAGUGCGCCCCGGCUGCCUGAAGGAGCCGCUCCUGCCCCCCUGGGAUUUGGACAGUCACCUGAAAGUCACUCCAUCCCCAGCCACCUCGCCUUGGACCCUUGCCGUUCAGCUCUGGGUGCGCUCCACCCAGCAGGGUCCUUCCUGCCUGUCGUGGCUGUUCCCUGUCUACGCGUACUUUACUGCACACUCUAUCGCUGCACUUUUUUUUUUUUUUGCAUUUUGCAUUUUGUUUUCUUCACGGUUCAUCUGAUAUUCAGGAAAAGAUGAGGCAAAUUCGCCUGUGACGGAAACAUGCGCUUCCUCUUUCUGACCCCACACACGUGUCCCAGCAGAGAACGGCACAGCAGUUACCAGAAGUAACGAGGUCCUGUGCCGGGGUCCAGACUGCCGGCUUCUGACAGGCAGGACGGUCCGAGGGGGACACCUGUAGCUUUUCCUCUUGGCUUUCGGGGGAGCUUUCGAAGUACUCACUCCUACCCUGAGUCACCAGACAGCCCAAUUACAAGAUGUGUUGGAACUUGCUCGGCUGUCUUGCAGGUGUCUCCUUCCUUGCAGAGGGAUUUUAGACUCUUUUCCUAGAGAGCCCUCCUCCAGGCUGUGUUGAGGACGUUUUGAUUGGCAGAUCCGAUAUAGCCUCAAAGCCUUCGGUGAGUGUUUGGUUUGACUUUGACUUUGUGAUCUGCGCUGUCCAGGACUCUGUACUGGCACCCAGGGACUUUGAUUUGGGUGUUUUUAUUUAUGGGGUGUGGGUACAUAUAAAGGGAUAGAGGAGAAAAACACCAGGUUCUCAUAGUUUAUUGUCAAUGUGCAGCAGCUCUGAAAUCUCAGAGAUGAGUCGUUCUUACCCAUAUUGGACAAUGCAUUAAAAGUCUGUUGGUUCAUACUGUCCUGAGACCCCCUGGGAUGUUCACUGACAGAUGGACCCCCAAACCCUGUAAUUUUUCGGGGACGAGAUUGGUUUAUACUUGGGGGGUGUUGAAAAAAUAUUUUUACAUAUGUAUUUGGAGAAGGUUGGGGUUUUGUUUUAGUUUUUUUGUUUUGUUUUGGGAGCUUAAUUAAAUGAUUGUCUCAUUUUCCAUGUGCCUCAUCUUAGUAAGGUGAGGUUUUCCUAAGGGAGGCAGGAAGAGGGAGCACAGCUGCCUGCAUUUGGAGGCACGGCCACUGGACUCUGCAAGCAAAGAGACUACUUCUGCCUGCCUUUGCUUGCAUAUUCCAGAUCAAUUAGAAAAGGCCUCCUGGCUUCUGUGGCUUUGUCAGUUAGUGUCAGGCAGGUAGGGAGUGUUUUGGCUCCUAGAGUUUUGUGGUUGGUUGGUUCCCCCCCCCCUUCUUUUUUGAACUUUAAAAUGUUUUGACUUUUUAAAUGUUCUUAAGUGAUGUUUGAUGUAAUUCUGGUUCCUAAAACUGGCUGUUACUCGUCUGCGAUCUCAUGCUUUAUUUUUUUAUGCCUCUCCCAGAUGGGUAGGACUUGGGGAUCAUAUAAUACAAUUUACAGGAAAAAUCGCUUUUUCAUCUUCUGCUGAAAUUGGGCAGAAUUGAGUUGUAUCUAGAUGUACCUUCAUCAGGUACACAAACGGUACUUCCAGUGCUAGAGAUCUGGUGAUGAGAACUAUUGAUAGUGCAAAUCAAAACCGAAUGGAAGCAAACCAUUUUAUAUAGGUCGUGAAUUUAUUUUAAGAAGUCCAGUCCCUCCUCCUCCAAGAAAGGUACAAGGUGCACUGUCAUUUACAUGUUACCAGACUAAAAGUAACAAGAUCAUUCUGUAUUCAAAAGAAAAAUGCCUCAAGAAACUCCUGUUUGGUUUUCAGUAAUGGUGAUCUUAAGACAUUCCCGUGUCAAAAUUUGAAAUGUGGUAAUUCAGCAAUAAGUAUCUCUUAAAACAGCUAAAAGCCCUCCCCUCCCCCUGUUCUUACUCCCAGCUCACCCAGCUUUUUUUGCUGGGGGCACUGGUUGCAAAUCCCCCAGCAGUGCACCUGGGAUGCUCGCCCUACCAGGCGAGUCCCCACCUGCCUCAAAGACCCUUCUGUGACUGGAGAACGUGGUUGUGAGACUUCCCUGUCAGCAUUGUCAUUCGGGGAGGCAGGGGCAUCUGAAGAAUACUGUCUUUUAUUCACCAGUCAGUCUCCCUUGGGCCCAGUUCUGUCCCAGGAUAUCAACAGAUGGUCCCAGGAUCUGCAGAACCCCUCUUGAUUUCGGAGCACACCGUCAGGAAAUUGGUCUACACGCUUCAGACAGUGACAGGUUUCCUAGUUGGAGACGUCACUGCAGCCUGACUUGGGGGUUUGCCCCUCACACAGCUGUUGGUGAUGGUGACGAAUGUCCCAGUCCUAGUACCCUUUCCAAGUUGCCCCCGAAGGACAGGCCUCCCACCACUGGUGUCCUUGUCCAGAAAUGGGGAAGCAACCCCAUUUCUUUUCAUAUUUAUUUCCCCCAAAUGCCCUGGGGGGCAUUCGCAAAUUAGGUGCAAUAAAUAAGCUGGACUAUAGAAAGAUACAUAAUUAAUAAGCUGUCAGUGUUUCUUGGAAGCCAGGAAGCAUUUGAAUGGGUUUCUUUUUAAUUUUUAUUUUUUUAAGUAUUCUGAUGAUAGAGGAAGCGGUGAGAAAUAAUGGGAGUUCUGUAGUUCUCCAGAAAUUAAAACAAUUUCAGAGUCAAGGUAGAAUUUAUUUUUUUUCUCUAAGGUUUCAUUUUAAUGGUGGCAAAACAUGACUCUUUCAGUGUUUUUUAAAGAUGUAAAUCUCGAACAGCUAAAUGAAUGUUUUGUGGUUUUGAUCUUUGCAUAUAAUUUGCUUUUUAAAAAACAAGCAUUACUUGUAGUCACUUGGACAUUCAAUGGGUUAUAUGUGUGUUUCUAAACCAAAAAAAGUCGGCUCCGUUGUGGGAAGUGGCUGUUUUUCUGGGUCUUCCCUCUCAGUGGACAGUGAAUGAAAACCUUGAUUGUCUUUCAUUUGUUUCCUCGUUGAAAAGUCCUCCGCUGGGCGCGGUUUGCCAGAGCAGGCCUCAUGGCCCUCUGCUCUGGGGGGUUCCGGUCCCUGAAACUGGGGAUGAAGAGUCAUAAGCCUAAUGGCAUCCUCCAAGGUCAUCGAAGACAUUCUGGCGGCUUCUCUGCCCUUCCUGUGGACACGUGGGACUGGGAAGGGUGUCUGUGGUUUCGGGCGGCUUUUCCUCGGUGUGGUUGGAAAGCGAGGCAGCCCCAGUUGUAAAGCCAUGAAGGUUUUGGCAGUUUCGGUGAUCAGUUUCUAGAGCCUGCAGGACCUGCGAGGACUCCCAAGAAGGCAGCUGUGAGGACACCGUUUCACUUUUACUUCAGUGUGAAUGUAGAACCGGAGGCCCAUCGUCACCUGAUGCCUGAAAGUGCCUUGUCAAGAAAUGCCCGCGUGUUUUAAAAAAAUAAAUAAAUAUUUUUGUACACAAAGUUAAGGGGAAAUGCACUUUAAAAUCACAAGAAUGGGUGUCUUUUGUGUGGUACAAGAGAGUGGUUUGUGUGUAUCUCAAACUCAAAAAAUGUAAUAAAGGUAGAAAACAAAAAA